AAUACACACACACACACACACACACACACACACACACAUUGUUGCAUCCGUUGUUCUGCUAAGAGCUUUUACCUGCGAAUCCAUGUGCACUCAGACACAGAUUAUAUAAAUUUAGAUAGAUUUGUUUGACAUUGGAUUGUUAUACUUGCUAUUGUGUGUGUAUGUGUAUGUGUGUGUGUGCGCGCGCGCGCGUGCCUUGAAAACAUAUUAACCACAUAUGAGGCCCAGUAGUUUUGUAGUGAGUGUGAAAGGUUCUUGUUUUCACAUUCAUUAAAGUCCGAGAUAACGGCUGGGCUUCUGUUCACACAUUUUAAAAAUAAGGAUCCGUUUGAGUUUGUUUUUGGUUUACAUUUGGGUUUGUGUUUGGUUUAGAUUUGGGUUUUUUGUUUGGAUUAGAUUUGGGUUUGUGUUUGGUUUAGAUUUGGAUUUGGGUUUGUUUACAUUUGGGUUUGUGUUUGGUUUACAUUUGGGUUUGUGUUUGCUUAAGAUUUGGGUUUGUGUUUGUGUUUGUUUACAUUUGGGUUUGUGUUUGCUUUAGAUUUGUGUUUGUGUUUGUUUACAUUUGGGUUUGUGUUUGCUUUAGAUUUGGCUUUGUGUUUGUUUACAUUUGGGUUUGUGUUUGCUUUAGAUUUGGGUUUGUGUUUGGUUUACAUUUGGGUUUGUGUUUGCUUUAGAUUUGGGUUUGUGUUUGUUUACAUUUGGGUUUGUGUUUGCUUUAGAUUUGGCUUUGAUUUAGAUUUCAGUUUGUGUUUGGUUUACAUUUGAAAAUGCAUAGAGCAUAAGGAUGAACAUGAAGAGCAUCUGUUGUUCUGCUAAGAGCUUUUCCAUGCGAAUCCAUGUGCACUGAGUCUCAGUCUACAGAAAUGCUUAAGAUCAGAUAGACAGAUUUGUUGGACAAUGGAUUGUUAUAUUUGUGUGUGUGUGCGUGUGUGUGUGUGUGUGUGCUCCUUAGAAAACAUAUUAAGCUUUUUGUUUUCAUACCCAAUAAAGUCAGAGAUAAUGGCCAAGCUUCUGUUCACACAUUUUAAAAAUAAGGUUCUGUUUGUGUCUGAGUUUGUUUUGGUUUACCACAGGAAGGUCCUCCUUGUGCUGCCAAAACAGCUCUGACGUGUCAAGGCAUGAACUCUACAAGACCUUUGAGGUGUGAAUGUCCCCAGACAAAAUCCUUUAGGGGAUUAUUUGACAUGGCAACAAAAUGGAAGAAUACCAAAGCAAUAUACAUCCAAACUGGUAUCGUUUCAGAUUUAUAUGGACUGGUGGAAUUUGACAUGCACUGUCAUUAGGGAAUAGAAAUGAAGGUAUUCUUGACCUUCAACAAUAUUUAGAUAGGUGGUACAUGUUAAAGUAACAUCCCCAUGAAUGCAGGACCCAUGAACAUUGCCCAGAGCAUCACACUGCCUCAACCAGCUCGCCUUCUUCCCAUAGUGCAUCCUGGUGCCAUCUCUUCCCCAGGUAAGCAACUCACAUGCACCUGACUGUCCAUAUGAUGUAAAAGAAAACAUGAUUCAUCAGACCAGACCACCUUCAUCCAUUGCUCCAUGGUCCAGUUCUGAUGCUCAAGUGUCCAUUGUAGGAGAUUUCGGAGGUGUACGGGGGGUCAGCAUGGGAACUCUGACCGGUCUGCAGCUACGCAGCUCCAUACGCAGCAAACUGUGAUGCACUGUGUGUUCUGACUCCUUUCUAUCAGAACCAGCAUGAACUUUUUCAGCAGUUUGUGCUACAGUAGCUCUUCUGUGGGAUCGGACAAGACGGACUAGCCUUCGCUCCCACACGCAUCAGUGAGCCUUGGACGACCAUGACCCUGUCGCCUAUUCACCGGUUGUCCUUCCUUGGACCACUUCUGUCGCCAUGUCGGCACUGUUGUGAUGAUGACGUUCUGCCAGACGAGGACCACACAUCACUACCGCCAGACACGCCGGCCAUGCCUGAAAUACGCACGUACAUCAAUAUGACCAUCCUCAAAGGCGAUAAAGGAGGAAAGGGAGAAAAGGGAACACUGGGAAAGCCUGGUUUAGAAGGUCAUCCUGGAGCACAAGGUCCUGAAGGACCCAAAGGCUCCAAAGGUCAAGCCGGAGCACCUGGAGCUCCAUGCAAGUCAGAGCACUCUACUUUCUCAGUGGGUCGCCGCAAAGCCCUCCACAGCACAGACUCGUAUCAGGUGCUUCUGUUCGACACCGUCUUCGUCAACAUGCCUGGCCAUUUCGACAUGUUCUCCGGCAAGUUCCGGUGCAGCAUUCCAGGUGUCUACUUCUUCAAUGUGAAUGUGCAUACGUGGAACUUCAAGGAGACCUACGUGCAUGUCAUGCAGAAUGAGGAGGAUCGCACUCUGGUGUACACCCAGCCUGGAGAGCGCUCCAUCAUGCAGAGCCAGAGCAUCCUGUUGACCCUUGAGCUCAGCGAUGAGGUGUGGGUGCGUCUGUACAAGCGUGAGCGCGAGAACGCCAUCUACAGCGACGAUGUGGACAUCUACAUCACGUUCAAUGGGUACCUCAUCAAAUCGAACACGGAAUGAGAGAAUCCAGACUACGUGGGGUGAUGAUUUGAAGUUAAUGUUACCACUCAGAUUUUCCUAUAACAGCAUGUUCCCAAAUGUUUUAUUCCUCUUAUACCACAGCGAUUUACAGAGGAUUACAAUUUUUUUAUUUAUUUAAAAAGGUCAUGUUUUUUUUAGCCAUUUAUAGUUAAAUUUAACGUUUUAGGAUGCUCAUGAAACUAGUCCCUGUUCUCACUUACGUUACAGCAGCUAUAAAGUCAUUCCCUCACCAGCCUUGCUCUUUAUUCUCUCUCUUUAUUCUCUCUCUCUUUUCCCUCUCUUAAUUCUCUCUCUCUUUAUUCCAUCUCUUUAUUCACUCUCUUUAUUCUCUCUCAAUUCUUGCUCUUUAUUCUCUCUCUCUUUAUUUUCUCUCUUUAUUCUUGCUCUUUAUUCUCUCUCUUGAAGUUAAUAAGACAAAAAAAAUCACAGUUAGUGGUGUUAGUGAAAAACAGUAAAGAAGUGUAAGCUCCUCUGUCCUGAAGAUGUCGAUAAACUUAAAAUUACAGCUUCACCUCUGAGUGUUGCACAGCACUGACACUGGAGACUCCUUCCGUACAAGUAAAACAAACGUCUCCUUACAGAUAAACUUCACCAUGUCAACAAUAACACACAUAUUUUAAUAGAGAAUUUGCCCUGUGAAUGGGCUGUUACUAUAGAAACGAUAAGAUAUUACAGCACACACAUUAAUGUGUGAUUUAAUGUGAUUUUGGAUCAGUUUAGGGUUGUUGUUUUUAUUUGUAUGUAUGUGUCCUAAUAAUACUAAUCUAAAAAAGGGGAUAGUAUUACAUCAGGACUUUCAGCAUAACCCUGACAAUAAGGACUGGCAUGUGGAAUUAAUAUCCAGCUUAAUCAACUCCAACCUCAUAAACCUCACACGUGGAUCUGCCACAGAGGCGUGAUAACAGCCUGUGAUAAGGAAAUCGCAUAUAGUUAUUCUGUUAACAUUGUAUACACACACACACACACACACACACACACACACACACACAUCCCAUCCACCGCCAGUCUUGUUGCUUUCAGAAAUUUUUAUUAUAAACCUUUUUUUCUUUUUCGAUUAUAAUAUUUAACAACAUACACAAGCACAAACAAACAA